AUGUUAGAUAGUAUUAGUCCAUUUAGACGAAAAAGAGGUUUUUCUAAAAAGUUAAAUAUAUUUCAAUUCUUUAUUAGUAGAUUUGGUAUUGGGUCAUUUAUUUCAAAAAAGCUUUGUGAUUUUUCAGGUCUUCAUGUCAAUUUACAGUUAGAUGCUUUUUUGGAUCCUUUUUUUAAUUCUAAUUAUUCUCAUAGUUAUGUUAUUAAGAAAAUCAAAUAUUUUUUUUUAAAUAAUAAAUUCAGUAUAGAUAAUUUUUUACAAAAAGAAGUUAUUUUUAAUAUUAAUACUUUAAAAAAUAUACGUUGUUUAAAAGGUAGGAGGCAUGCUAGUUUUUUACCAGUAAGAGGGCAGCGUAAUAGAACUAAUGCAAGAACAAGAAAAAAAAUUAAUUUUGGGGAUAAGAAAGGAAAUAAAAAAGUAAGAAAGAAUAAAAACAAUACAGUUAAAAAUAUAAUAAAACAAUAA